AUGGCACGACGGCGGCUGAGGUAUGGCAAGAGCAGUGGGGAGGAUGCUGAGGGUGCAGAGGUCUUUGACCGCUCCUUCGUGAUCUUCACCGCGAUGUGCGGGGUGGCGCUGCCGGGAGCUGGACCGCGCACGCGCUGCUGGGCGGUGGCGGUGCGGAUCAUUCUCCUCACCUGCGGCAUGAUGUGCUGCAGCCGCAUCUUCACCCCCGAAGGCCCUGGCUUCUAUGACUACGAGACCAUCGUGCAGAUCGUGGCAGCGCAUCCCAUGAUCUUUCUGCUCCUGCAUGUGAUGCUUGUUCUGUUGCGGUCUGACCUCAUUGCUGACCUGCUGGAUAACCACAUCGACUGCGCCAGCGAGGGCCAAAAGCUCCGCUUCAAGACCAAGAUCUUGACGGCGCUGGUGGCACUGCUCACCGCGACUCUGUCCCUCUGGGGCUGGGCAGGCUAUCUCCCGGGCUUUUUCCAUCCCUACUACCUGGAAAGCGGCAAUGGCUUGAUCGUCUACGGCAUCGCGCACGGCCUCACGUGGAUCCUGAUCUUGCCGGUCUUUUUUGGGAGCUUCUUCUCAGCGCUGAUGAUCAUGUUCAUCCUGCAGGAGCUGUGCUACAUGGCGCUGCUCACGGCCUUCAACGAGCUGAACGGGGAGAUCCACAAGGAGGGCCUGGACUCCGUGCUGGCAACUGGCGCGGGCAUGGGGGUCACCGAGCACGACUUGUUCCGGUUCCAGGUGAAGUACGCCAAGAGCUGGGAGUUGUACAAGAAGAUCCAGCGGAGGGUAGCAAUGCCACUCUUCGUGUUCUGGUGUUCGGAGUUCUUGCUGGUGAUUUGGUCCUCCUGGAGUCUCAGCCGGGGCUUCACCGCGGAUCCGGAGGACCCGCGCGUGGUGAGGCUGAAGGCCUACUGGAACCUCAUCAUCCGGCUCUCCUGGUUCGUGGGAGGAAGCCCCUGGUUUGGUGCUGGGUGCUGGAUAGUUGGCUUGUUGCCCUGGGGCAGCCUCUACUACUCCUGGCGCAUGGAUCAGACCAGCAAGCUGCUCCUAUUCAAGCUGCCAUCCAUGAGGAAUGCCUUCCGGGAGUUCCUAUCGGAGUUCCCCUUGGACUUCCGGGUGGGUCUGCUCCGCGCGCGGCCCUGGACCCUUCUGAUCUUUGUGCCCGUGCUGGUGAUCAACACCGCGGGCUUCGUGGCGGAUGCCAUGAGGAUCUUCAACGCCAUCUGAGACGCCACGCGAGUCGAUCCAACCCUUUUGAGUCUCUUUCUGACCCUAGCAUGGC